GUCCUGGCAUCUCCAGCUACAGCUCCAACCCUCCGGCUGCCGGGACAAGCUUGGUGCACUGCCUGAACCAGGCUCUGAGAGAUGUGCCCAGGGAGAAGCAGUCGGGCACCCCGCUCUACCUGGGUGCCACGGCCGGCAUGCGCCUGCUCAACAUCGCGAACCCACAGGCUUCAGACGCCGUCCUCAGCGCUGUGAAGGCCACGCUGAAGUCGUACCCCUUUGAUUUCCGGGGGGCAAAGAUCCUGUCAGGGAAAGACGAAGGCGUCUUCGGCUGGGUCACUGCUAACUACCUCCUGGAGAACUUCAUCAAGCGUGGGUGGCUCGGGGAAUGGAUCCAGCCCCAGAAGAAGACCCUGGGAGCCAUGGACUUUGGGGGCGCUUCCACACAGAUCACCUUUGAAACCAGGGACACCAUCAAGGACCCCCAAAACGAGGUGAUGCUGAAGCUGUAUGGGCAGGAGUACAAAGUGUACACCCACAGCUUCCUCUGCUACGGAAGGGACCAGGUCCUCAAGAGGCUGCUCUCGAAGGUCCUCCAGGCUGAGAGCUACAAAGCCACCAUCUCUCAUCCCUGCUGGCCCACGGGCUACCACAAGUCUCUAUUGCUGAGCAGCGUCUACGACAGCCCCUGCACGGAGAAGGAGAGGCCAAGCCUUGCCCUCAACACCACCGUCACCGUGGUCGGCCCCGGGAACGGGAGCCUCUGCACUCUGCAUGUCGGCAAGCUCUUCAACUUCACCGCCUGCCCCUUCUCCCACUGCUCCUUUGAUGGCGUUUUCCAGCCAGAGGUUUCAGGAAAAUUCAUCGCCUUCUCUGCCUUCUUCUACACGGUGGACUUCAUCCAGACAGUGAUGGGGAGAUCCGUGCGCUUGCCCAGAGACCUGAAGGAUGCUGCUGAGACCAUCUGUGCCACCAGCUGGAGCGAGCUGCUCCAGAAAGCCCCCAAGCUGGAGAAGAGGCUGCCGGAUUACUGCCCUGUCAGCAUCUUUGUUUAUUUGCUCACCACCAAAGGCUACAACUUCAACAACCAUUCCUUCCCCAACAUCGCCUUCCAGAAGAAGGCAGGAGACACCUCCAUCGGCUGGGCCCUGGGCUACAUGCUGAACCUCACCAACAUGAUCCCGGCAGAGGAGCCCUCUUCCCACAAAAGCAUGCUCUACAACUACUGGGUCCUCCUCAUCCUGCUCUUUGUGGUCACCACCCUGACGUCUCUGGUGACAGCCGUCUGCCUGCUCCGGCGCAGCAAGUCCCUCGCGAUCUGACGGCAGGGACAGGGUGGGC